AUGCGACUGGUGCGGUAUCUACAACACGUAACCGAAGGCAGACACAACUCUCACUGCGCGCGCCGCGUGCGGUUGUGAACGUUCUCCUACACUUCGUCAGUUUGUCGCUUGUAAACUCAGUGUUCUGGUACACAGCCAUCUGUAAGCGCGUAACUUUGUUAACCGCGCAAAUUUCUCUCGAAAUUAGUAUGUGAAUGCGAUUUUUUUUUAUUUGUUCUGCACGAAAACCAGUGAAAUGUUAUUGGCAUAAUCAGCAAGUUCACUACGUCCCUGCGAUUUCGGACAGCCUUAAUGAGGAGUUAAUUGUUUAUAAAUUGUUAAGAUUAUCUUUUUCACAGUUUUUCGUUAUGAUCAUAAGAAUACCAUGGCGUUUACCUUUAGUAAUCGCCAUUUCAAUUGCUAUGACAUCAGGUAAUCCCUUAUUCUUGCAAAGACAAUCAAGAAGAAAUAUUAAGCCUGUCAUAAAAUGGAGACCGCCAAUGGAUACUUGGAAUUGGACUGAAACACCUCGUAAUGAUGAACUAUUCUUCACGCCAUUAAACUUCACUCACAAGCUACCCCCAUCUGCCAACGAAACUGAACUAAUAGCCCAUAUGGCAGCUUUAAAACGCAAUUACUCCCGACUCCUAUGGGAUAGUGACAAAAGUUCAAAUUUACCCCUCUUCGUAGAUAAAGCUUUAAAAUUGUUAAAUUUAAAACAAGUAUACUAUGAAGUCGAACAUUCCGUUAUGUCUAAAGUAUCUUGUACGGCAUGCAAAGCGGGCGCUGGCUUAUUACAACAUUACAUGCGACUCGGAAAGAGCAAAGAAGAAAUAAAUAAAAUGAUAUAUCAGUUUUGCGUGUCAUUAAAUAUCCAAUCUGCAAGAGUUUGUGAAGGAAUCACAAGACUUUUUGGGAGUGAAGUAGUUUACGUUCUCAAAAGAAUUACCAUCGGUCCUGACGAAAUAUGUAGUUUUGUUAUUGGAGAUGCUUGUGGCGACGUCUAUAAUCCUUACCAUGAAUGGGAAGUGGCCUUUCCUCCAGUACCGAAGCCAGCCGUACGUGCUCUGGAUGCACCUAUUGAAAAGGCUCCAUCGUUUAAAGUUCUGCAAAUAUCUGAUACUCAUUUUGAUCCUUACUAUGCAGAAGGGGCAAACGCUGAAUGCAACGAGCCUCUUUGUUGUCGUGCGUCUAGUGGUCCUGCGUUGACUCCAGGAGGUGGUGCCGGACGAUGGGGAGACUACCGCAAGUGUGAUACGCCUAAACGGACCAUAGAUCAUAUGUUGAAACACAUCGCUGACACACAUACUGACAUAGACUACAUUCUAUGGACCGGAGAUUUGCCACCUCACGAUGUCUGGAACCAAACAAAGGAAGAAAAUCUUAAGGUUCUUCAAGAAACUGUGGCUCAAAUGUCCGAUAUGUUCCCGGGUGUACCGAUUUUUCCUGCUCUCGGUAACCACGAAUCUUCGCCAGUAAAUAGUUUCCCGCCGCCAUACAUCUCAUCACCGGACUCAAAUAUAGCGUGGCUGUACAAUGAGUUGGAUGCACAGUGGCGCCGCUGGCUGCCCGCCGGCGUGUCGCACACCGUGCGUCGCGGUGCCUUCUACUCCGUGCUCGUGCGGCCUGGUUUCCGCAUCAUAUCUCUUAAUAUGAACUAUUGCAAUAACAAAAACUGGUGGCUAUUACUAAAUAGUACAGAUCCAGCAACAGAAUUGCAGUGGUUUAUUUAUGAGCUUCAAUCGGCUGAAUUUAAUGGCGAAAAAGUUCACAUAAUUGGUCAUAUUCCACCUGGACAUUCCGAUUGUCUUAAAGUGUGGAGUAGGAAUUAUUAUGCGAUCAUCAAUCGGUAUGAGUCAACUAUAACCGCUCAGUUCUUCGGUCACACGCAUUUCGACGAAUUUGAAGUGUUUUAUGACCCAAAUGAUCUAGGUAGAGCAACAAGUAUAGCAUACGUGGGGCCCUCCGUGUCACCUUACUAUGAUUUAAAUUUAGGAUAUAGAAUAUACUAUGUCGAUGGAGACCACGAUGCUACUACUCGAUUAGUAGUUGACCACGAAACAUGGAUAAUGAACUUGAAAGAAGCAAACCUAUUCGGGUAUCCUAUUUGGUAUAAAUUGUAUUCGGCGCGGUCUGCUUACAUGAUGCCAUCUCUUCGUCCACAGGACUGGGACAAGUUUAUAGAUGAUAUGACUUCUAAAGAAGACGUCUUUAAUUUAUAUCACAAACACUACUGGAAGAACAGUCCGCGGCGCGGCAGCUGCGACGGCGAGUGUCGCAAGCGGCUGAUAUGCGACGCGCGCUCGGGCCGCUCGCACGACCGGCGCGCGCUGUGCGGCCACAUCGAGGCGCGCAUCGACGGCGCCUCGCCCACGCCGCAGACCUGGCGCGCGUGGCUCUACAAUGGCCUGUCCGUCUCGGUGUCAAUGUUGAUGCAAAUACCGCAAGUUGCUUAUCAAAUACCAAAGUUUGUUAUGGGUCUCGGCUGAAAAUGGAGAACAAGUAAGACAAAAUGGUCUCUUCACCACCGGAUUAAUCUACUAGAACAAAGUUCUUUGAGUAUUUAUUUUAACAACAAAAUAAAAGCCUUUUUAUUUA